GCACGUAUCAGCUGUUCGGUGACAGUUCGCUAGCAGUGAGAGUAGAGUGUUGAGGUUUAUUGUUUAGGAAAGCAAUAUGGCUAUCUGGUGAUUAGUAACAGUGCGAUACGUAGACAAAGGAACAACGCAGUUCUCAUGAUAUUUGGAGACGCGUGGUGCAUUCUGUUUUAGUUUAAUUUAUAAAAGUAAGGGAAAUAACAAAAGGAAUCGGUUAGAGAUGUUGGAACUCGAAGUAGUGCCCGAAAGAUCCCUCGGCUGCGAGCAGUGGGAAUUUAUUUUAGGCAUGCAUUUUUCCCAAUCUGUAUCGAUAAUACAAUCCCAAGUGGGCAUUAUAAGGGGAGUACAAGUACUUUAUAGUGAUAGUAAUCCUUUAGAUGUAGAUUUAGUAAUAAACUUACCUCAUGAUGGAGUUCGGCUUAUAUUCGACCCAGUGGUGCAAAGGCUCAAAAUAAUUGAGAUUUAUAACAUGAAAUUAGUUAAACUCAAAUACUGUGGUUUGCCAUUCAAUUCACCAGAGGUUUUGCCAUCUAUUGAACAAAUUGAACAUUCAUUUGGAGCAACCCAUCCUGGUGUUUACGAUAGUGAUAAACAAGUAUUUGUGUUAAAUUUCCGAGGACUAUCGUUUUACUUCCCCAUUGAUUCAAAGUUCCAACCUGGAUAUGCACAUGGAUUAGGAUCAUUGCAAUUCCCAAAUGGAACAUCUCCCCUUGUGGCAAAAACAGCUAUUUAUGUUGGUAACAUGGGUGCUGGAGGUGGAAGCGAUGAGCAUAACUUAAAGGCACCACCACCACCUCUGCCACUUGUUUGCUAUCAUAACAAUUUGUAUUUAGAAAAGGCAGAUGUCAUGAGAGACAAAAUGCGUACACGAGGUCUUAGAUUGCACCUUUUCACAGAAGGUAGCUCUGUAACAAGGGUAUUACUGGAGCCAAAAAAACGCUGCUUAACCAAAGAGGUGUUAUUUGGUGACACUUGUGAAGAUGUGCUGAGUGCUUUGGGAGCACCAUCUCGAGUCUUUUUCAAAGCCGAGGAUAAGAUGCGCAUUCAUAGCCCUCACGCACACAAACGCGAUAAAAUAAGACGGUCGGAUUUCUUCUACAACUAUUUUACUUUAGGAUUGGAUGUUUUAUUUGAUGCCAAAACCCAGUGUGUUAAGAAGUUCGUGCUACACACAAAUUACCCGGGGCAUUAUAAUUUUAACAUGUACCAUCGUUGCGAGUUUUCUUUAACUCUUCCACCAGAAAAUAAUUCCACCGAAUCUGGGAAACUUAUAGAUGUUUCCCCUUCUCCAGUUACGAUCACUGCCUAUACGAAAUGGGAUAGAAUAAGCGAACAGUUGAAGGCUAGUGCACGGCCAGUAGUAUUGAACCGUGCUUCCUCGACGAACACAACAAAUCCAUUUGGGUGUACGUUUUGUUAUGGUAUACGCGACGCGAUCGUCGAAGUCAUGGCGAAUCAACACAUCGCGAGUGUAACUUUAUACAGAGCUGUGUGACCUUGAUAAUUUAUACAAUAUGGUGCAUUAUAAAGCGCUCUUUGAGGAGCAAUUGAUGGAAUGAUGUUUUUGAAAAGAUGAAAACAAACAAAAAAUAGGCAUGUUUCAACUCUGUCGGAAAUUGCAUAACAUCACCUUUGAAAAAAGACUGUAUGAUGCAAAAAGAAGUAACGGGAGUGCAAAUGCAUGCAAAAUCCUGAUGCAGUUUCUUUUUUUUUUUUAACACUAACGUAACAACAUUGAAAUAGUGAGAACUUUACAUAAAAACAAAGAAAAAAAAGAGAGGGAGAUUACGAAGGAUGCAAUGAUGGUUUAAAGCUCAGAAAAUCAAGGGAUAUCAUUUUGAAUAUCAUGUAUUGUUGCUUGUAACGAUAUACAUAAAUCUUUUUCCCUGGAAUAUCCAAACCCAGAGAAAUAAAACAAAACAAAAUAAAAAAAGGAAUAAAUAUCACGAAAAAAGCAAAAAGACGAUCAACUAAGGGGUACAAGUGUCUGCAAUAUUCAAUAAUAUCAUAUUUAAUAUACUGUUUUUAUCUUUUGGUUAUAAGUUUUAAAUAUAGUUAAAAAUUAAAAAAAAAGAUCUUGCGUGAGCGAUGAAUAUUGUAAUAUCUGAGCUCUAUAAUAAAAAGAAAAAAAAAAUAUGAAAGGGGAGUAGUUUCAAAAGAUAAUAAGAAUUUUGAUAGUUAAUGAUAAACCUAUGAUUAUAACAACAGUAACGAUUAAUAACACAUGACAGUAAAAUAUUAUAAUGUGCUUAGUGCAAAUAAAAAAAAUGAUAUCUAACUUUCGAGAAACCAAAAUUUUUUAACGCGUGUUUAAGAUAACAGACAAAUAGAAACAAAAAAAGAUAAAUGAUGACACAAAAGCGAUGUUUUGGGUACACAAAUUAAUAGGCAUAAUAUAUAUUAUACAUAUUAGAAUGGCAUUAUCCAUUCAAUCUGUGCAGAAUUGAAUGUAAAACCGUAAGUCUAUCAAAAAAUGAUAAAACUAUGCACUGAAUAACAAAAAAAGUAUUUAUCAGAGCUGGAGGAAUUAAAUUCAUGGCCUGUUUUUUACGCUUUUAUCUAUCAAACUCUUAUCAUUGUGAUACGUGACGAAAAUUCAAAGCGCAAUACAUUAUGUAAUAUUUAAAUUGAAAUAUUUAAAUAAGUUACUUCUUUGCAUUAACACAAACAAAGAACAGAAGAAAAAGAGAAAGGAUAAUUAACUAAUUACUUUCUUAUACAAUUUUUGUGGCGUUACAUAAUUCUUGUGAUUAUAAGUGUACUCACAAAACUGAAUUAGUCUUUAAUCUUUUAGUCGCGUAAUAUGGAAUACUAUAUCAUGAAUUUGUCACUAGCUUACGAUGCCAGAAGGAAAGUUCUUUUCGUUUCUUUUUCUAUUCUAUAAAUUCGAGAUUUCACGUUGAUGUUAAAUUGCACAAUUGUAUAUACCCUGUAUGAACUUGUUUCCUGCUAAUCAUAGGGUAUAAAAGCGAAUAUGUUUUAUGUAUCAUAUAAACUUUGAUAGUUGAUAAUCUACAGCGAUUAUAAGAUCUGUAAUGAGUAAUAAUCGUAAAAUAUAAAUAACAAAAAAUGCGUUCGAGAUUGGAGCGCGAAGUAUGAACGAUGAA